CUUUUUCUCCACCGCUUCACUUCCCCACUAGCCACAAGGCCCACAACCCAACAACCUUCCACUGAUCCACACACAGCCGCGAGGAGAGAGAAAGAGAGAGGAGAGAGAGAUGGCGGCGGAGCUGACGGCGGCGCAGCUGCGGGCGUACGACGGGAGCGACCCAUCGAAGCCGAUCUACGUCUCCGUCCGCGGCAAGGUCUACGACGUCACCUCCGGCCGCGGCUUCUACGGCCCCGGCGGCGCCUACGCCGUCUUCGCCGGCCGCGAGGCCAGCCGCGCGCUCGGCAAGAUGUCCAAGGACGACGCCGACGUCUCCGGCGACCUCUCCGGCCUCUCCGACAAGGAGCUCGGCGUCCUCGCCGACUGGGAGACCAAGUUCCAGGCCAAGUACCCCGUCGUCGCCCGCCUCACCGAAUGAAAAAAAAAAAUCCCCCCAAAUCAACCCUUAGAUUAUUGUAUCCUCUUGUGCUCUACAGCUUAAUUCCAUCCGUAAUUCCAUGUGUAACUUAUUAUUACUUCUCCCUGUGUGUCAGUGUGUCUGUGCUUGCAGCUUUGCUCUCUGGUUGCUUGAUUAGCUGCCCAAUAAUCUGAACAAUAAGAAAUCUGGGGAGUAAUUUAAGUAUUGGAUUGUCUGGUCUUUCUUUUUUGUGAUUGCCGCUUGAUUUCUUGUGCCA